CGUCCAAGAAACACGAAUGCAUUGUUUAAAAGUUGCCAUACGGUUGUAAUUAACCUGCAAGUAAAUUUCAGCAACUGCAGAUAAAAGAUUUGGUCAGCAACCGUGUGAGUGCAGAUAUAAGUGCUUUUAACGUUACAAACAAACAAUGCCAAAACUUAUUGCUUUUUUUUUUUAAUCUCGCCUUUCUCUUAGAGUCAGGCUGUGGUAGCAACCUCGUCUCCAGGGGUUCUUGCCUCUUUUACAUCGAUGCCACUAGCGGCUUUGGCAACCCUGGAACAUCAAAUAGUGACAAAUAGUAAUGAUAGAACCUCGGGUUUUAACCGUGAAAGAAAGAAAAUCCAGAUUUACGCUUGAGUGCACUUCGUAUUUGCACGCUUUUUUUUUCUUCAGAAUAAAUAAAGCGUCUUGUUUGACAUCACAUUGCGCAUGAUAGGUAGGGUCUGAACGUUUGUUAGGUUCGAAAAUGUCUAUCAUGGCUUGUUUAUUAAAUUAAUAAUUAUGAGCAAAAAAACAGAAGAAAAUAAUAAGAAUAAUUCAGAGGGAACACAACAAAGUUUUCCUAGUAAUAACAAUGAAAACGAGGCUAGAAAUUCUGCCCAAGAAGACGACGAGUGCAGCAAGAAAAACAUUAGUACAGAAAGUCCCGAUUUAAACCAGGAUAAAGUUAAAGGUGACAGAAAUAAAGAAGCGUCAAUGGUUCGACGAUCACCCUCUCCUAAUAAAAAGAAGGAAACGCACGCCGUACCUAAAGACGGUAGUAACAUGCAGUCUGUUGGUACAGAUACUGAAUGCGAUAGUAGACCAACGAAAGAUGGUGAUGGAUCGAAUUCGUAUGAUGGAGAUGUAACAGUCUCCGAUGUAGAAGUAGGAACAGAAAAAGAAAGACUUCCAGCUGAGGAAAUAACUAUUUUACCAAAGCGUUAUGUGUUGUUGUUGAUGUUAUUCUUAGGUUUCGCUAUUAUAUAUUCUCUUCGUGUAAAUAUAAAUGUUGCUAUUGUUGCCAUGGUAAAUAACAGGACACGGUUGACUCGGAGUGGCAAAAUUACUGUGCGCGUGGCUGAGUUUCACUGGGAUUCGCACGAUCAAGCAUUAGUACUCGGUUCAUUUUAUUAUGGUUACUGGAUAUUACAAGUUCCUGGUGCAUGGAUAGCCAUGAAACUCGGUGGCACUCGUAUAUUUGGCUAUGGCACGUUACUUGCGUCAUUACUGGCGCUCAUCACACCGGUUGCCACGCGAUAUCACGUGUACGGACUAGUUGGUAUUCGAAUUGUCCAGGGAUUAUUUCUUGGCGUGACAUUUCCAUGCGUCAUUGCAAUAUGGGCAAAAUGGUCACCGCCUACUGAACGAAGUACUAUGGUAACCAUGGCAAUAGCAGGAUCACCUGUUGGUAAUAUUAUAGCUAUUCCACUUACUGGUUUAUUAGCAAAAUAUGGCUUUGAUGGAGGCUGGCCCUCUGUCUUCUAUUUUUUUGGUUUUCUUGGUAUUUUGUGGUACAUAUUAUGGGCGUUUAUAAUUUAUGAUACGCCAUCCACUCAUCCUGGUAUAACUUCAAGAGAACGAAAUUACAUAGAAAAAUCUAUAGCUGAGAAACCUUUUGAUCCAUUGACUGAAUCACCACCAUGGAAAGCGAUCUUCACAUCUGUUCCUAUGUGGGCAAUCAUUGUUGGUCAUUUUGGUGCAUGCUGGGGAUAUUACACUUUGUUUACACAGAUGCCAACCUACUUAAAAGAUGUUCAACAUUUAGAUAUUAAAACUAUGGGACUUGUUGCAGCUACACCUUACCUGUUUAAAGCUUUUCUUGGUCCUCUUGGAGGGAUAUCUGCAGACAUGAUACUUCGUUAUGGUUAUCUUACUGUCACUGGAGUGCGUAAGCUGUUUUAUGGCGUUGGUUGUAUACUAGCAGGUUUCUUUAUUCUUAUGGUUGGUUAUUAUAUAAAGAAAGCUGAAGCAAUUGCUUUCUUGAUAUUAGGCGUCGGUUUCAGUGGGUUGAACGCCACUGGAUACGCCGUGAAUCAUUUAGAUUUAGCACCAAGAUACGCAGGCGUGUUGAUGGGUAUCACAAACACAUUUGCAACCAUACCUGGUUUUCUCAGUCCAAUGGUUACAGGAUAUAUUGUUAAAAACAAGAAAGCGUCGGAAUGGAAAAUAGUGUUUUGGAUAACAUUUAUCAUUUAUGUGAUUGCAGUUGGUCUUUAUUCUAUAAUGUGUUCUGGAGAAAGACAGUGGUGGGCUGAUGGUUAUCCAGAGAAUGACAACGCAGAUGAAAAUGAAAAUAUAACAGAUGAGGCGAUAAACGAAGAUACUGAACCAAGUGACAAUAGAUAAUAAUAAUUUGUUAUAAUAACUUAUGUAUAUAGUAUAUUUUUGAUACAACACACCAUCAUUUUUUAGA